GUCAGCAGUCUCUGGUCAUCCCCUUUAGUGUCUGCAGUCUCUGGUCAUUCCCUGCACUGUCUGCAGUCUCUGGUCAUUCCCUGCACUGUGUCCGCAGUCUCUGGUCAUUCCCUGCUCACUGUCUGCAGUCUCUGGUCAUUCCCUGCACUGUGUCUCUGGUCAUCUCUGGUCAUUCCCUGUACUGUGUCCGCAGUCUCUGGUCAUUCCCUGCACUGUCCGCAGUCUCUGGUCAUUCCCUGCACUGUCCGCAGUCUCUGGUCAUUCCCUGCACUGUCUGCAGUCUCUGGUCAUUCCCUGUACUGUCCGCAGUCUCUGGUCAUUCCCUGUACUGUGUCCGCAGUCUCUGGUCAUCUCCUGCACUGUGUCCGCAGUCUCUGGUCAUCUCCUGCACUGUGUCCGCAGUCUCUGGUCAUUCUCCUGUACUGUGUCCGCAGUCUCUGGUCAUCUCCUGCACUGUGUCCGCAGUCUCUGGUCAUCUCCCUGUACUAUGUCCGCAGUCUCUGGUCAUCUCCUGCACUGUGUCCGCAGUCUCUGGUCAUCUCCUGUACUGUUUCUGCAGUCUCUGGUCAUCUCCUGUACUGUGUCCGCAGUCUCUGGUCAUCUCCU